UAAUGAGCAGAGCAUCACUGGCGGUGGAGCGAAGGAUCCUCCACCUCCUCCAUGGCCGGAAAACUCGAAACAACCUCCGGGAAAUCCAUGCUCAUUUCAUUCGUCAAUGUCUGCACCAAUCCAAUCAAAUAAUUUCCCAUUUCGUCUCUGUUUGUGGCCACCUAAACAAAAUGGACUACGCGAACCUUGUCUUUUUGCAGACCAAAACCCCCAGCAUUUUGCUUUUUAAUUCCAUGGUUAAAGGCUACUCCCUUAAUGGUCCCUUUGAAGAAGCUAUUACAUUGUUUUCUUUAAUGAAAACACACUGGAUUUUCCCGGACGAGUACACGUUUUCACCUUUGCUCAAGGCAUGUUCGGGUCUUUGUGACGUAAGAAUCGGACAAUGCAUUCAUGGGGAAGUUAUUAGAUCUGGGUUCGAGCGUUUUGGCUCGGUUGAGAUUGGGGUUUUGGAGUUGUAUUGUACGAGUGGGAGAAUGGAAGAAGCAAAGAAGGUGUUUGAUGGAAUGUCUAAAAGAGAUGUCAUAAUUUGGAAUUUGAUGAUUCGUGGGUUUUGCAAGGGAGGGGACGUUGAUUUGGGGUUAACUUUAUUUAGGCAGAUGAGUGAGAGGAAUGUAGUUUCAUGGAACUCGAUGAUUUCGUACUUGGCUCAGAGUGGGAGGCAUAGCAAAGCUUUGGCACUUUUUCAGGAUAUGAAGCUUGAGUUCCAACCUGAUGAAGCUACAGUGGUUAUUGUUUUGCCUAUUUGUGCUCAUUUAGGGGCUGUUGAUAUUGGUCAAUGGAUUCAUUAUUAUGCAGAGUCGAGUAAGCUUUACCGAAACGUGGUUUCCGUAGGAAAUGCAUUGGUUGAUUUUUAUAGUAAAUGUGGAAACUUGGAAACUGCCCUUCAGAUCUUUAAAGACAUGCCUUGCAAAAACGUUGUGUCAUGGAACACUAUGAUCUCCGGUACGGCUUUUAACGGAAGAGAGGAACUUGGGGUGGAGUUGUUCGAGGAGAUGAUGAACAAUGGUACAAGGCCUAAUGAUGCGACUUUUAUAGGGGUGCUAACAUGCUGUGUGCAUGGAGGGUUGCGAAAAGGGCAAGAGUUUUUUGCUUUAAUGAGCAAAAAAUACGACAUUGAUCCUAGACUCGAGCAUUAUGGAUGUAUGGUUGAUCUCCUCUCACGUAGAGGAUGCAUGAGAAUGGCUUAUGACUUGAUUAGGAGCAUGCAUAUUCUUCCUAAUGCUGCUUUAUGGGGUUCCUUGCUCAGUGCGUGCCGUACUUAUGGUGAACUAGAGCUUGCAGAACUUGCUGUCAAAGAGCUUAUCGAUCUUGAACCGUGGAAUUCAGGUAAUUAUGUAUUGUUGUCGAAUAUUUAUGCGGAAGAAGGGAGAUGGGAUGAAGUAGAGAAAAUAAGAGUAUUGAUGAAGGAGAAGAGUGUUAAGAAAGUGAUGGGACAAAGCAUAACAACAUAUAGCUGGUAGCUCUCAGUUAACCGACUUCCUAGAUAUGCUGCUUCC